AUGGGCAAGCUCACCAAAGAGGAAGAAAUGCUCCUGUCGAGCUACUCGGCGUCCAGCUCCACCAAGGGAACCCUCUUCUUCUACGUCAACGCUUUGAUCCUCUCGCUGGCGCCACUCUACCUCUUCUACGGAGUUCAUCAGAUGGAGGUCGCCGAUUCGCUCGUCGUGUGGACCCUCUCCGCCGCCGGAACCGCCUAUCUCUUGGUAAUGGCUUGCAAGAACCAGAAGAAGCUUCUCAAGCACCAAAUUGUCAUGAAGCGCGGACCAGCCGUCGAUCGUGAGAUCAACACCAAGUUCGCCAGUGACAAGAAGAUGACCAUCAAAGAGAAGGAGGAGCGUGCUCUUUUCCGCAAGAACGAGGUCGCCGACACCGAAUCCACCUACUUGUCCGUCUUCUACACCAACACCCUCUUCCUCACCAUCAUGCUCAUCUCGGCGUUCUUCCUUCUCGCCAACUUGGCUCCAGUCUUCAACUUGCUCAUCUCCACCAUCGGAUCCGCCGCUCUUGUGGCCUUCCUCUCCACCGCCAAGAACUAG